AUGGGCGCGUUUCGUCCACAACUGGAUACUCAGGCGGAUUUUUUGAAAAACUUUAUCUAUUUGGGUAUUAUGAAUUCUGCAUUAGCUGUACUAGUUGUCAUUGCACAUCCUGAUGAUGAAACUAUUUUCGCAGGCUUUAUUCAUGCGUUAGUACAUAAACUUCAUGCUACUGUUGAUCUUGUUUGUGUAACCAAUGGUGAAGGUGGUUUUCGACAUUCUGCACCAUGUGAAUACUUAUACGACAAUCUAGAACUAUCAAAUGAAAGUAUUGGUCGGCAACAUUUACCACGUAUACGUAAACAAGAAUUAUUUGCUAGUGGGAAAAUAUUAGGAAUUCGAAAAUAUUUUUUCUUCGAUCAAUUAGAUUUAAAAUAUGAUCGAAAUGUUGAUAUUGUUUUUGCUGAACAAUGGAAUAAAAAACUAAUCAUUGAAUUACUUGAACAAGUCAUAAUAACGGGUAACAGUACUCAUGGCUAUGAUGUAAUGCUUAUUAUGCUACCAAGUACUCAAUCACAUGGUCAUCAUACAGCAUCAGGUUUGUUAGCACUUGAGACGAUAGAACAUUUACAAAAAAAUAAAUCAUCGAAUAUAAAAAUUCCCACGGUUAUUGGUGGAGCAGAAUUUGUUUUGAACGAGUUACCAACAUAUUUAUCGAAUCCAUUAGUAGAAAUAUGUUCAAUUUUACCAAAUGAAUUCCGAUUUAAUCGUACAUGGAAGUUAAGUAGUACAACUAAUAUUCCUGAUUAUCAAACAAUCGUGACUUGGGCAUGUAGCGAGCAUAAAUCUCAAGGUAGUUUAAUAGCUGAAACAUUAACAACAUUCACAAGAGAACAUGAACAAUAUUUUUAUUUUUCCAUUAAUAAUGAACAACAUGAUAGAACACGCAUUCAGCUAAUUGAACAUAUUUUUAAGCAACUAGCUCACAUUCAUGAAUAUAAUACCGGAAAUGUUCUUAAGCAACAAUAA